AUGCAUGCAUGCAUGCGUGUGUAUAUAUUUCAGCAGGAGCAGCAACUGCAGCAACAGCAGAAGCAACAAGAACAACAGCAGCAGCAGCAGCAGCAACAGCAACAGCAGCAGCAGCAGCAGCAGCAGCAGCAGCAGCAAGAGGAGAUGGAGGAAGCAGCACAUGUGUGUGCCUUUGCCUGCCGUGUCUGGCUGCCGCAGCAGCAGCAGCAGCAGCAGCAGCAGCAGCAGCAGCAGCAGCAGCAGGGGUAUGAUACAGAUGAGGAGACAGAAGAAACGGAGACAGAAGAAGACGACGGAGACACCGCAUGCGCAGACAGUUAUAUAUUUUUUUCUGCUGCUGCUGUUGCUGCUGCUGCUGAUGAAGUCCAAAAAGUAAAAGCAGCAUGGGCAGCAGCAGACACCAGGCCCCUCCCCCCUCUCCCCCCCAUUGCAGCAGCAGCAGCAGCAGCAGCAGCAGCAGCAGCAAACCCAGCAGCAGCAGCAGCAGCAGCAGCAGCAGCAGCAGCAGCAAGGAGCAGCAAAGAAAAACAAAUGCCGCUGGUGGAGGCACUCGCUACAGGCCAAUUUGAUGCUGCUGCUUUUCCUGAUGAAUGCAGCAGCAGCAGCAGCAGCAACAGCAGCAGCAGCAGCAGCAGCAGCGGCAGUGAAUCAGAUGAAGAUACAGAGGAACACAAGCAGCAGCAACAGCAGCAGCAGCAGCAGCAGCAGCAGCAGCACAAUGGAAGACGAAAACGCAAAAAGAGAACUGAUGCAGCAACAGAAGCUGCAGCAGCAGCAGCAGCAGCAGCAGCAGCAGGAACAGCAGCAGCAGCAGCAGAUCCUGCAGCAGCAGAGGUUAUGAAGGUGUCUCUAAACAGCAGCAGCAGCAACAGCAGCACCAACAGCGCAACCAGCAGCAACACCAGCAGCAGCAGCAACACCAGCAACCCCAGCAGCAACAGCAGCAGCAGCAGCAGCAACAGCAGCAGCAGCAGCAGCAGCAGCAGCAGCAACAUGUAUAACAUCGAUGAAAACGAAGUGCUGCUGCAGCUAGCUGACUUUAAUACAGCAGCAGUUGCUGACGAUAAAGAAGGGACCCUUUGGGAUGCAAAUUGCUGCCGAAGAGAAAGAAGACUGCAGCAGCAGAAACAGCAGCAGCAGCAGCAGCAGCAGCAGCAGGAGAAGCAGCAGCAGGAACAAAAACAGCAGAAGCAGCAGCAGCAACAGCAGCAAGUUGCUGCAUGA